UCACGUACACUUCCCUCCAAAUCUGAAAUCUCCAUCCUGCUUCAACUGUUCCACAUUUUCUCUCUCUAAAAAAAACUCUCUCUCUCUACCUAAUGCCACCACAAUCCGAUCUGACGAACACAGUUUCCGCCGACGGCGACAGCUGCCAAAGCUUCUCACAGUCAAAUGAAGAAGCUGAUGUCGAUCCUCCUCCAGAUCAUGAUCUCCCGCCGGAGUCUUUCUGGAUCCCCAAAGAACACGAACUCGAUUGGCUCAAUCGCAAUGCCUUCAUCGAACGCAAGGGCUCAACAAAGGCCACUCUCAACCUCACUACCAAUUCAUCUUCUCAAAGGCCAUCUCCGACUCUUGAAUCCAAACCGUCCAUCAUCAGACUCCCCAAUUCUUGCUUCGCCUGCGGGAAGUUCCGGAGGCCGGAAAAUGUCCGGCUGUUUCGAACCCGGUCUGAGCCGAAUGGAAAACCGGUUGUUCAGGUGGCCGAACCGGGUUCUCCGAGAGUUUCGUGUAUGGGGAGGGUUGGGUCGAAGAAUGGUAGAGGGAACAGAACCGGGUUUUGGACGAGUCUAAAGGAAGUUUUUCGAACCCGGUUUCAAGCAAACCGGGCGGCGAAUUAUUUGAGGAGAACCGAGUUGGCUGAACCGGAGAUGAGACAGGUUGGGAAGCGGUUGGGGUCUGGUAUGAGGUCAGAGUCGUGGGGUCGGCGAUGACAUCAUCGGAUGUGUGUGUAUACACGUGGAGAAAUCUAGAUGGUCAAUCAUAGGGUCCCAUUUAAUUCUAAAUUGAUCCAAGCCGACAAUUGUUGGGUGGGUAUGGACCUAGAUCCUCUCCAAUACUCUUUUCUUUUUUU